AUGGCAAUUCCCGUGAUUGAACCCACAGAGUCCCCAACAUGGUACACAGACGCUGAAAAGUAUUGGGACACAGUCCCUGCGACCAUCAAUGGCAUGCUGGGCGGCCUGGGCCAGCUCGCGCGCCCCGACGCUGUCUCAUCUCUCCGAUUUCUCUCGGAAUUUGUGACUCCACCAACAUCCUCUACAGCCUCCUCGAUUAUCAAUCCUUCUAAUACCAAAUCGGAGUCAGGAUCAGGGUCAGGAUCAGCAGCUGUGUCUACAAAACGUCAGAAACUCCCGUUGCCGGGAUCAGGACCCUCUCGUGUGCUUGAUUGCGGAGCGGGUAUUGGUCGUGUAACGAAGCAGGUGCUGAUCAAGGCCUUUGACCAUGUUGAUCUGGUUGAGAACAGUGCCUUAUUUGUAAAGCAAGCAAAGGAGGAGUACCUGAAGAGCGAGAUCGAGUCUGGAAAAGUCGGUGAAGUCCGCUGCUCGGGUCUGCAGAAUGUGAUGUUUGAGGGCACGGACUGGGAGAGGCGGUUUGAUGUUAUUUGGUGUCAGUGGGUAUUAGGGCAUUUGACUGAUGAUGACCUUGUCGCGUUUUUCAACAGAUGCAAAAAGGGCCUGAAACAAGGUGGAAUGAUUUUCAUCAAGGAGAACAACGCAAAGGUCGGGAUCGUGAUCGACGAGGAAGAUAGCAGCAUGACGCGAUCGGACCAAGUCUGGAAGGAGAUAUUUGCAAAAUCGGGACUCCGGCUGCUGAGGGACGAUGUGCAAAAAGGUUUUCCCUCAGGGCUAUUUGCCGUCAAAAUGUACGCUCUAGAACCCAUGCCAUGA